GGGUGACAGGAAGUGACCUUUUCAAAUAGUCGCCUGCAGUUUCCUUCAAAGAUCCUGUUGCGGAUAAAAACGCAGAACAGGCGCUCCGUUUGUCGUACAAACUGCCGCAGACAUGGAGACGGAGAACAUUUUCCUCUUCGUUCCUAAUUUAAUCGGUUAUGCCCGGGUGGUGCUGGCCCUGAUCUCCUUCUUCCUGAUGCCCUGCUGCCCGUGGCCGGCCGUCUUCUGCUACCUGCUCAGCGCUCUGCUGGAUGCCUUUGACGGCCAUGCAGCGCGAGCGCUCAAUCAGUCCACUAAGUUCGGCGCCAUGUUGGACAUGCUGACUGACCGCUGCGCCACCAUGUGUCUGCUGGUCAACCUAUCCCUGCUCUACCCCUCCUACGCCUUCCUGUUCCAGCUCAGCAUGUGUCUGGACAUCGCCAGCCACUGGCUGCACCUGCACAGCUCGACUGUAAAGGGAUCAGCGAGCCAUAAAACCAUCGACCUCUCUGGGAACGCCAUCCUACGCCUCUACUACACCUCCAAGCCAGUCCUGUUUGUGAUGUGCGCCGGGAACGAGCUCUUCUUCUGCUUGCUCUACCUUCUCUAUCACAUCGAGGAGCCGGCAGGCUGGCUCUACUGGCUGCAGGGGCUCUGCGGGAUCAUCUGCCUGCUCAAGUCCGGCAUCAGCGUCCUGCACCUCAUCACCGCCUCCAAGAACAUGGCCGCCAUUGAUGCCGCCGAGCGGGAGAAGGCCUUGAAGAUGAAGUAAGAGGUCACGGGGAGGCGGCGAGAGCUGCAACAGCAUCAGCAGAUCCGUCGCGCUUUCACUUAUUCUUGUUUUCUUAAAGGGAAAGUUUGUCAGACCGACACGGAUUCUGACCAAAUAUGGAGAAAAAUAUUCCGAAUCCACGGCGCAGCCUUUAAAUCACAACAUAAGCUCAUAAUGCAAACUUAAAGGACGACACGCACAGUUACAUGUAUGAUAAACGGACAGGUCCCCGGUUACCGCUCUCCUAUUUUAUUACGCUAACGUGAGAGGCGUGUCCGUCGGUGAUGAGAGCGAGAGCUAACGCAGGUGUUCUUUAUUUUUCCGUUAAAGCUGAAACGAGCCGACGAUUCGUAUCAGAUUUAUCGAGUACACCUAAUCAAAUGUUGCUCAUUCUCACUGCCACACUUUCUCAGUUUUACAUCAUAGCAAUAAUUAAAAAACAUCUGAACGCUUUAAAACAACAACAACAAAUUUUUAAAUUAAAUAUUUAAGUUUGAACAGACAAAUACGGAGGACCAAAAGUCAAAAAGGAAUUUAAAAAUCACUAAAAGAAUAAGAAGUAAUGUUAAUAAUGACUGUAGGCAGGAAAAAUAAUGUUGCUGCUAUCUGCUAAUGUGUUUAUACAUCCAUCAAUAUUGAAAUCUAGAAAGAAAAGUAAAUACAGAAAUAAGAGGAGUGACUAAAGUCCGGCCAAAAUAAAUGAGGCGCGAUCUGAAAGGACAAAUAUGUAAAUAAAGAAGCAAAUAAAUAAUUAUUACAAAAGUAAACAAAAACUCAACCUUUUUUUUGGGAGGGGAGGGCAUUCUUAGUCCUCCGUAUCUGAAUAUCAAUGUUCCAAAUUGUUGUUGUUGUUGUUGUUGUUGUUAUCAUCAUCAUUAUUAUUAUUAUUAUUAUUAUUAUUAUUAUUUUCCCAUUUUACUGACCAAACUAUUAACAACAUGAAAAAAUGAAAAUACAGAUUAUUGUAAUUACUAUUAUUGCUGUUAUUUUUAGUAUUAUUAUUAUUGUUGUAAUUAUGCGUCAUUUCCAGGUGUGUAGCAGCAGGAUUGUGAGGACAGAUUUCUGCCUGUUGUUAGGUCGAGGUCGUCGGCUCAGUGAUUGUGAUUAAUUGACAGAUGAUUGAUGGGAGGCUCAGUCUGAAGCUGAGAGGAGGCGGGCCGUUCGGUCUGACUGGACGCACCUGUGCAGGUGUGCGUGUAGAUGAUGUCAUGACUCAGUGGUGUCUGUCAGAAGGCCUGAGGCUCUUUCCUGGACACCGACUUUUUUAUUCGGAGGAAAAACUCCAGGUGUGUUUAAAUGAAUGAGGAGCAGCUGACGAUGUGUAGCGCCCGUUAACCGUCCGAAGUCGCCUCCACCGUGACCGUCAGGCUGGUUACCGACACGUUAAUGGUAAAAUCUAAAUUCUAAUGCUUAUUCCACUCUCUGAAAAUCCACUUUUUAUUCCUUAUUUAGAUGUUUUUUAUUUGUGAAGACGAAACCGUCCCUGAAAUGAUGACACGACCAAAAGCUUAAAUAUUCCUCUCACCUUUCGUUCUGUUCCUGCGCCUCACUUCCUGUUCCUGCUGAUGCUUGGCUGAUUAGACGGAGGCUGAGCAGUAGCUGGGCUCGUUUUAUUUUAGUGCUAGGAGAGGAAGCGUCUCCUCUGUCAGAAACUGUACGUUUACCUCACCUGAGGAGCACCAAGUGUUACCUGUGUGUGUCGCUUUGACGGAGCCAAUCAGAGAGCGUGCUGAAAUCCGCAUACUGUAUUUGCUAGAAUGUAUUAAUAUGAAAUAUAUAUCUCGACCUGAAAGCAAAGUUUGAUGUUCUAUUUAAAAGGAAAUAAUGUUGUAAUUUAAAUAUUUGAUGCUGGUUUUGUUUGCUUGGUUUGAAUUUACUGUAAAAAAUAAAAAAAAAAGUUGCAAAA